CAACCAAAAUUUUCAGACAGUGAGAAAAACCAACAAAUAAAAAAAUGUCGAGUUCCGAUUCAUUUCUGCGGCAGCUAGGCAGCGGCUACCAAAUCUGGGAGUCAGCCUCGAAUCGGUGGGGCGGUGGAGAGAAUGGGAUGUUUGCGAUGAAGAAGAGGGUGAUGGUGGUGGUGGAUCAGUCCUCGCACACGAAACACGCAAUGAUGUGGGCGCUCAACCACGUCGCCGACAAGGGCGACAUCUUCACUCUUCUCCACGUCGUUUCCGACGCCUACUCGUCUUCUUCGUCUCACUACCUCGCCACGUCACUCGGCUCUCUCUGUAAGGCGUGUAAGCCCGAGGUUGAAGUGGAAGCAUUAGUAAUUCAAGGACCAAAAAUGGAUACUGUAAUAAACCAAGUUAAGAAGCUUGAGGUUUCUGUUCUAGUCCUAGGCCAGAAGAAGCAGCCAUCUCCAUUCCUCAACUGCUUGUGUUUGAAGAGCAGCUCAGAGGUGUUUGUGGAUGAAUGCAUCAAUAAUUUGGAGUGUUUGGCAAUAGGUGUAAGAAAGCAGAGCAAAACAGUUGGUGGAUACCUCAUCAGCACAAGAUGGCACAAAAAUUUCUGGCUUUUAGCUUAGGAUCUCUUCUCUCUUCCUUUAACACCACUCUGUAAUUUUAACUGACAGCUGAUGCCCUAUGUUUGUUUAUCA